GGGGUCCAACAACCCAGAGGGAGCAUUUCUGGGAGAUAUGCUGCAAACAGCCUUCCUGUUGUCAUUCUCAGAUUCCUCAUGCACAUUCAGGUGUCAGUGGUAGAGUAAUGAAUGUUGGUGGAGGUCAAGCAUUUAGAAGUGGAAUGAAUAUGGGUGGUACCAUUCAAGGUUUAUCCUCAAACUUGGCCACCAGUGGUAAUCGAAAUUAUGUUCCUAGAAACCCAGCUUUGGGUCCACGUAUUACAAACAUUGUGCGCAGAAGUAACAUUGGAAUAAAUAUAAGCUCUGGUGGGUUGUCGGUGCCGAUUAUCUCAUCACACAUCGAUUUUAGGGUCAAUGCUGCAAGUGGAAGACUAAAUGUGCAAGGAUCCAACAGGAUGAUGAAUGGCCUUAUUCUGCAAGGUAUGCCUGAUGGAGCGAUUGGGUUGAUGCUGAAGCUGAUAUACUCCCCUAAGUUGCUCCAAUCAGGAACGCAGAUAUACUUCCGUGAGUUGCUCCCCAAAACCAAUCCCUUGCUCUUCUUUGCACCAAUCGGACAAGAGAUGCGAGCCAUCCUUUUUACUGGAUGUUCUCUUGAUCGUUUCUUCCUAUGGAUUUUGUGGUUGCCAGAUGUUCUCUCACUGUGGAUUGGUAUGAAGGUUGUAAAACAUUUUCAUUAGGCAUCAAUUUUAUUGCUGGUGCUUGUCUGGCUGUAAAAUCUGCUCAAUAUGUAUAUUUUCCUUUCGUCUGUGUCCCUUUUCCGAUAUAAUACUGAACCUUUUGGAAUAUCUCUGUACAUAAAAGAAUUGUGUUCUGUCUGCCGAUUGAAAUGGACCUAAAUA